AUAUUUAUGACAAUCACACAACAGAGCGAUUGCAUUUGAUCACAAAACUUUAAAGAAGCUUGUUUUCGUUUUUUACUUAUUAUUACUAUUAUUAUUAUAAUUAUAAUAGACACAAGGAAAUAUUGUAAUAAUUUACAGUUUAUUAUUGAGGAAAUUUCAAUAGACGAAGAAAUGUCGAAAGUGAAAAAAGCAUUGUGCAUGUUAUUAAUUCACUCCGGGAGGAAGAAUUGAUGAACUUUGGUUUUUUUUCCUUUCCAUCAUUGGCAAUUUACAAUUUUGACGAACAAUAAUAAAAAAAUAGAGACAAAAGAGAAUAUUUUUUUUGUCGAAAAAACAAAGAGAGAAAAUGGACGAAAUGGAGGAAAAUUUAACGGGCGAUGAGACUUGCGAGGAAGGCGUUGAGAGUUAUGGAAAAUUUGUAUCUCACGACGAACAAGUUGACGAAGGUACAAUAGAAUAUCUCGAUUUGGAUAUGGAAGUAAUACAGGAUGCCGAUGACGAUUGUCAAACAACGCAAGUUGCAAUAAUCGACACACAAAAAUAUACACAAAAAAAACGCCAACGUAUCAAGGAUUCAAAUAAAAAUCUCCAAUCAACAUCAACAUCAUCAUCAUUGGAAAAGAAAGUAACACCAAAUGAAUUUAAAUUACGACCAAAAUAUCGACCAAUACGACCAAAACCAAGUUCACAAUUAAAUUCCGUGACGCGAACAAAUAAAUUACAAAGUUUAACGCCAAUUGUUAAUUUUAAUCCAACAUCGGGAUUUAUUGUUGCCGCCCCAUCGACGACAGUGAUAAAAAAAGAGAAGGGCCAUGAGACUUAUGUGGCAGCGUCCCCAGUUAAUAAUAAAUUAACGACAUAUUCAAAAAUGAUGACAAACGGAGCUAGCGGUCUUAUUGGCACUAAGGAUAAUUUAUUAUCAACAACCCCAAAUACAACAACAACAACAGCAGCAUCGUCAAUAUUAUCAUUAUCGCCACAAAAUGAAUUACAAAAUGGUAAUAAUAAAACAAAAACCCGUCACAUGAUACCUAAAAAUAGUGUCGAAUUAUUUUUUGAAAGUAUGGCAAAAACAGUUCUCAAUUUACCGACACACGUUCAGGCCGAGAUUAAAAUGGAAAUUUGUCGCGUUGUCACUAUGGCGGAAAUUAAAUAUCUAUCCGAGGAAGUGAAAAACGAUAAAAAGGAUUGAUAAAAAGAAAAGAAAAAAAAAUUGAUAAAAAAGAAGUUAAUAAAUAAUUUAAUUUGUAUAUUAUUACAGUAAAUUUUAAUUAUUAUUAUGUAUAAAACAAAAAAAGAAGAGAAGAAGUAAUGGGAGAUUUUUGUUUUCUUUGUUGUACAUAUUUUAGUGAUUUCAAAAUAUAUCUUUCGACAGUCA